GUGCCCCAGAGCCCACCCGAUCACAGCCUCAGAAUGGCCUCUAGCCCUGACGGGAUGCCUAGCCCACAGCCCUCCAGAGCCAAUGGGAACAUCAACCUGGGACCUUCGGCCAACCCAAAUGCCAGGCCCACAGACUUCGACUUCCUCAAAGUCAUUGGCAAGGGGAACUAUGGGAAGGUCCUACUAGCCAAGCGCAAGUCCGAUGGGAUGUUCUACGCAGUGAAAGUGCUGCAGAAAAAAUCCAUCUUAAAGAAUAAAGAGCAGAGCCACAUCAUGGCGGAACGCAAUGUGCUGCUGAAGAAUGUGCGGCACCCCUUCCUCGUGGGCCUGCGCUAUUCUUUCCAGACGCCUGAGAAGCUCUACUUUGUACUCGACUAUGUCAAUGGAGGAGAGCUCUUCUUCCACCUGCAGCGGGAGCGUAGGUUCCUGGAGCCCCGGGCCAGAUUCUAUACUGCUGAGGUGGCCAGCGCCAUCGGCUACCUGCACUCCCUCAACAUCAUUUACAGGGACCUAAAACCGGAGAACAUUCUCUUGGAUUGCGAGGGACACGUGGUGCUGACAGACUUCGGCCUUUGUAAGGAAGGUGUGGAGCCCGAGGACACCACAUCCACAUUCUGUGGCACCCCCGAGUACUUGGCUCCUGAAGUGCUUCGUAAGGAGCCUUACGAUCGGGCGGUGGACUGGUGGUGCUUAGGAGCAGUCCUCUACGAGAUGCUGCAUGGCCUGCCACCCUUCUACAGCCAAGACGUGUCCCAGAUGUAUGAGAACAUUCUGCACCAGCCACUACAGAUUCCUGGAGGCCGGACAGUGGCUGCCUGCGACCUCCUGCAAGGCCUUCUCCACAAAGACCAGAGGCAGAGGCUGGGCUCCAAGGCAGACUUUCUGGAGAUAAAGAACCAUGUAUUCUUCAGUCCCAUAAACUGGGAUGACUUGUACCACAAGAGGCUGACUCCGCCCUUCAACCCAAAUGUGGCAGGACCUGCUGACUUGAAACACUUUGACCCAGAGUUCACCCAAGAAGCAGUCUCCAAGUCUAUUGGCUGCACCCCUGAUACUAUGGCUAGCAGCUCAGGGGCCUCAAGUGCAUUCCUGGGAUUUUCCUAUGCCCCUGAGGAUGAUGACUUCUUGGACUGCUAG